AAAAAAGUAUUUUCAGAAAUUUCUGUAAUCUAGAGACAAAAUGGAUCUAUUUGCAGGGUCUAACAGUGCGGAACAAGUUGGCUCCCAGUCGGAGAAUGACGCUUGUGGCGGCGUUGGCACUUUGACGGAGGAGGACUUGAUACAUUGUGCGACAGUUUGGAACAGAAUGAGUUUUGAGGAAAAGGAAAAGUAUCGCAAUAUAAACAAUUGCAAGAAAUCAAACAUAGAGACCGCCGAUCCAGUCAGUUCUAUGGCGCUUUGCGAGGAGGAUGAUGCCGACGAUACAAUUUUAGAUCCAUUCUGUCCUGAGAAGCCGUCCUGCUCGAGAAGCCUGAAGCCAAGGUGCACGACACGCAGGACCAAGCGUAACAUAUGCCAGCCCCGCAAACGAAAGAGGCCCUUCGGUGUCAAACGCAAAAAGUGGGUGAAACCGGGUCCAGUCACGAACAACCCAUACUUGAACUUCAUUCGCACCGUUCGACGCAGAUACUGCGGCCUGAUGCCCAAGCAGCUAGUCAUUCUGGCUGCCUAUGAAUGGCGGUGUCUGAGUGAUAGCAAGAAACUGCGGUAUCGUCGUCUGGCUUCCCUGGUCAGGGCCAGUCAGCGGCAGCAACAGCGAUGUGCCUGCAAUCUGACGUGAUAACUAUCUCUGGACAUGUUCAUUAUAGUCACAAACGAAGGAAUACCGCGCCUUGCAGCUGCAUUUUCCUGUUCUCAUGUCAUUUGCUACUCAUUUAAAAUCAUAAAUACAAUAAUGCAAUGCACCCAGUAUCCAUUAAAUAUACCUCUCUUAACAUGCCUUCCACGGUGAAGUGCGCCCAGAAAA